GUCUGGGGGCUGCAACUUCAGCUUCGGUAUGCAUGGCUAUCUGAGCACUGUGGGUGCUGGAAAGAACCCAGAUCCGGUCGUGGCCUUCCUGGACCGUGCUGGAGGACUUGCUUUUGUGGUGAGCGGUUCCAAUGCUUGGGUAGCACAGGCCUUUGACCCGGUGCUGGAUGUCAUUGUCCAGGCGGGCUCAGACUGGGCCUGGGUCUUGGUGGCCCGGGCUGGUGGCUCGACGACCUGUAUGGUGGCCGAGCGGGUGGCGCAAGAGUAUGUACAGGCUCAGGUCUGGGAGGAGCAGACGAAGGUCUCGAAUGUUGAGCGGGCACGGGCGCCGGCUCGGAUUUUCGAGAGUGGCGGUGCCUGCGACGUCGUCUGCGCGACCGACUGCGGCCUUCUCGCCGUGGGCUUCGCUCACGACAAGUACGAGCCGGCGGGGCAGUCGCCGGUCUCGGCGACACAUUUCGAAGAGGUAAAGAGCUCGAGGAAGAGGGUGAGACACUGA